CACACAAAGAAAAAAGAAAAAAGAAAUACCUGUCAGGUCAGUCAGCCGUCCAUAUUGGUGGCUAGCCCCAGCAGAGCAGAGCAGCUUAACCCUCCCCUCGCCGCGCCGCGCCGUGCCGCCGUCCGUCUGUUCCUCGCCGCGCCGCGCCGCGCCGCCGUCCGCCAUGAACAACCUACUUACCGACUCCUUUGAGCUUCCGCGGCGGGAUUCCUCGAGAGAUGGGGGGGAUCUUGAGAUGGGAAUGCAUAAGCCCGAUGCUUCUGAUAAUUUACAAGCCUUCUUGAAGAAGGUUGAUGGAAUCGACAGCCUGAUAGCUAAGCUCACGAGCCUCCUGACCAAGCUCCAGUCUGCCAACGAGGAAUCAAAAGCAGUCACAAAAGCAAGCGCCAUGAAAGCAAUCAAGCACCGGAUGGAGAAAGACAUUGACGAAGUGGGCAAAAUUGCUCGUAUGGCGAAAACAAAACUUGAUGAACUGGACAAAGAUAACUUAUCUAACAGGAAGAAACCUGGAUGCGAGGAGGACUCUGCGGUAGAUCGAUCAAGGGAACAGACUACUGGAGCAGUGAAGAAGAAACUGAAGAAACGGAUGGACGAUUUUCAGGUGUUGAGAGAAUCAAUCCGGCAGGAGUACCGGGAAGUUGUUGAAAGAAGGGUAUUCACUGUAACUGGUAAUCGCCCUGAUGAAGAGACAAUUGACGAUUUAAUCGAGACAGGGAGAAGCGAGCAGAUUUUCAAAGAUGCGGUUCAGCAGCAGGGGAGAGGCCAGGUAUUGGACACUGUUGCUGAGAUACAGGAGCGGCAUGAUGCUGUAAGAGAUCUAGAGAGGAAGCUUCUGGAGUUGCAGCAGAUAUUCCUGGAUAUGGCGGUCUUGGUUGAGGCUCAAGGAGACAUGAUCAACCACAUAGAGACACAUGUUUCAAACGCGACCAACCACAUACAGCAAGGCGUGGGCGCUCUCCAGAAGGCAAAGACGCUGCAGAAGAACUCGAGAAAGUGGAUGUGCUACGCCAUCAUCCUCCUCCUGGUGGUAGUGGCAAUCGUCGUGCUUGGGGUGAUCCAGCCAUGGAAGAAGAAGUAACCCUUGAGCCACGACCUGGGUUUUACCCCAACAUCUCGGCGCGGCGGAGUAUAUAUAUACAUGCUGUUUUUUCUGUUUGUGCAUUCUGUAUAGUUCUGUGGCCGAUUUAUUCAUGCUCUUCUACCGGAGGCUGCUGCUAUGUUGAACCAGACAGGCCAUAUCAUAUACUGGAGGCUGGUGCUAUUAUUUCUUUUUUUUUUGAGUUGAAGCUGCUGCUAUUCGUUUGUGCUUCAUUUCUGUGCUCCGAGUAUUUUUAGUGGUGAAUGACUGAAAUGUGCAUCCAUCCUAGCUUGUCCAUGAAUCCAUUUAUUGCAGUUUGCUUGCCCA